CAACAGCCUGCUGAACCGUACACCCCAAAUCAAGCACCCUUUACGAACACCAUUCAAUCCCCUAUGCAACAAAACACUUUUCCACAAGGCCAGGUACAGCAACAACCACUUCAAGUCCAGCCGCCCCAAUUCGUCGCAUCACAACCUGCCCAACUUCUGCAAGCACAGUACCAACAACCUCAAUUCAACCAACCUCACGAAGGGCCCGCAAUGCAACAGCCAGUCUUCACAGCCCAACAGCCCUUCUCAGGGCUACCAAACAUGACGCCUCAGCAGCUCCAUCAAGUCCAACAAGCCAUCCAAAACAUGCCCCCAGAGAAACUCCAAAACAUCCAGCAACAAGUCCAGCAAAUGAUCCCGCCACCGCAGACAACAAGUCCAACGCACAUGCUACCUCAGCGACCCCUGCUACAACAGAUACAGCCAUUAGCCCAACCACUGCAACAACAGCAACCCCAGGGAUCAAAUUAUACGUCCACCCCACCAUCUGGUCUUUUCGGUCCCAAAAGACAUUCAAGUCAUGGCUCCGGUCCCCAAGACGCACAGAAGAGCGAUGGCGUAAAGCGCUUCUUUGGGGAUACUUUGAUUGGCAGAGUAGCACGCUCGUCCGUCCAGACAGCAACCUCAAUGGCCAAGAUCCCCACCUCCCUCUCUCCAUGGGGCGACAACAACCCAGUCACUCUCCCCAACGUACGCUACCGCGACGCCGUCCUCUUCACCACCUUCGCCUUCGUCGGCGCCCCCCUUGUAGACAGCGCCGCAGACGGCAUAACCAGCGCAUUCGGCGCCGACUCCUUCAUCUCUGAGAUCAUAAACUCAGGCGCCGGAGCCAUCGCAGCUUCAACAGUGCUGAAGUACUCCGUCUUCCAGAUCGUGGAGCAGGCAAUUGAUAAGGGCAUCAUCGAGCACAUGCUGCCUGAGGAGGAGAAGAUGCUCGAAACAACAAGUGUGAAGAGUCUGCAAGUCGGCAUCAAGCAUAAGCUCAUGGGCGUCGACGCCGACCUCCGCUUCGUGGGCGUGUAUCCCAGUGCUAACCCACAGGCGUGUGAGAAAGGGUGGUUCUGCCCGUAUCUCUUCGCGUCGGCCCGCACGCCCUCGAUCCCACGCAUGAACGACUUCGCCAUUGCGCAGUCUUUCGGCCCAUUUCUCGCCGGCGACUACCGCCUAGCCCACACCCUCCUCUCAGAAAGCACACACACGCUCUCCCUC